UCGCACUUCACAGUAACGUAAGAACUUAUACCAAUAUUGUUCACAUGGUGUAAUGAUAUUUUCGAAACUGUUUUUAAAACAUGCUAAACGAAAUUAUUUUGAAGUCAGGUAUUUAUUAUAUCCAUACAAUAUUUUUGUUAGGUUAGGGAGCGUAAGAUUUUUUACUUUACCGAAACGAUUAUGUCAGCUUACAGAACAGGCCCAACUCCUGUGCCAGUGGUUGAAAGUGAAAGAAGCGUUUCUAGUUGUACUUCUAGAAAUUCUUCUUCUGUAGUUUGUCCUAGUAAUAUAUCAAAAGAUGUGAAAGAACACAACUUUGAUUAUUUUCUUGUACUUGAUUUUGAGGCCACUUGUGAGAAAGAGAGAACUCCGGAACCGCAAGAAAUAAUAGAAUUUCCUGUCAUUAAAGUAUGUGCAAAGACAUUUGAUACAAAGGCAGUGUUUCACGAGUACGUGAAACCAGAAGUACAUCCUACGCUUUCUUCAUUUUGUACUGAGUUAACAGGAAUAAUUCAAGAUAUGGUUGAUGAGAAGCCUCAUCUCAACGAAGUUCUAAAAAAAUUUAACAACUGGAUGGAAGAAGAAGGUUUGUUUCAGUCGAAAGUCAAGUUUGCGUUUGUUACGUGUGGUGACUGGGAUCUCAAGUUAAUGCUACCAAAGCAGUGUAGUUAUUUUGGCAUUUCUUUACCAACUUACAUGAACACGUGGAUUAAUAUCAAAAAAUCAUUUGCACAGACUACAGGAAUUUGGCCGAAGGGAUUGAUACAAAUGUUGGAUUAUAUUGAACUUGAUCAUGUUGGUAGACUCCACAGUGGCAUAGAUGAUUGUAGAAAUAUUGCAAGAAUACUAAGUAAACUUGCACAAAGAGGACAUGUAUUUGAAAUAAAUGGAAGGUUGGAUUUUAGGAGAAAUAAUAAAAUGUUUAAGUCUUAAAUAGAAAAUUAUUCUACAUAAAUUACUAUAUCCACGAGUUUAACAUUUUGCAGUAAAAAUAAAAUACUGUCAUGGAUCUUUCUUUAUAGUGAUUAAAGAGGUCCAAAAAAUGACCUAAAAGUGGUUUUGAACAAUGUCUAUUCUAUUACCACUUUUUAAAGCAUACAGGUUCUUUAGUAACUAGGCUAGUACUCUUCCAAAAAAAAUAAUUUGUGGUUUGUUUAAUGAAAAUUAAAAUUUGUAUCAAUGUAACCCAUCUGCUGGGUAAUCCCAUUAGAGUAGUGUUACUUUUUAAUAGUUAAAUAAUUUAGAUAUGUAAUUUCCUUUUUCUUCUUCUUUAUCUAAGUACAACUGUGCUAUGUACGUUUUAGAUAUUAUUUCAUCUGUAUUCCUUUUUUCCAUAAUAAAAAUAAAGAGAGCAAGAGACAUUAUAUGUAAAGAAAUGGA